AUGAGACUCCUGUCUGCCACUCUUCUGGUAGGAGCUGCUUCGGCAGCCGCCCCGCCCUUCCAGCAGGUCCUUGGAGGUCAGAAGGAGUAUGCGGAGAAUGUAGCCCAGAAGGGUGCGGAUGCAUUCUCCAAGCUCUCUGACCAGUUCAAGUCCCUCUCUGGUGAGGCCCGUCAGCUUUGGGAAGAAGUUUCAAACUACUUUCCCGAAUCUAUGGAGAGCGCUCCUAUGCUCUCCCUGCCCAAGAAGCACACCCGCCGUCCUGACUCCCACUGGGAUUACCACGUCAGUGGCGCUGACGUCCAAAGCAUUUGGGUCGAGGGUACUGAUGGUACCAAGGAGCGCGAAGUCGAUGGAAAGCUGGAUACCUAUGGCCUUCGUGCUAAGAAGGUCGACCCCAGCGCCCUCGGUAUCGACCCUGGCGUCAAGCAAUACAGCGGUUACCUCGACGACAAUGAGGAAGACAAGCACCUGUUUUACUGGUUCUUUGAAUCUCGUAACGACCCCAAGAAUGACCCCGUCGUCCUGUGGCUGAAUGGUGGUCCUGGAUGCUCUUCCCUCACUGGACUGUUCCUCGAACUUGGCCCCAGCUCCAUCGGCGAGAAUAUCAAGCCCAUCUACAAUGACUUCUCCUGGAACAACAAUGCUUCUGUUAUCUUCCUUGACCAGCCCGUCAACGUUGGCUACUCCUAUAGUGGCUCCUCUGUCAGCAACACCGUUGCUGCUGCCAAGGACGUCUACGCUCUCCUCACACUGUUCUUCAAGCAGUUCCCUGAGUACGCCAAGCAAGACUUCCAUAUUGCUGGCGAGUCCUACGCUGGUCACUACAUCCCCGUCAUGGCUUCUGAGAUCCUCUCCCACAAAAAGCGCAACAUCAACCUCAAGUCUGUCCUGAUCGGUAACGGUCUCACUGAUGGCCUUACUCAGUACGAGUACUACCGCCCUAUGGCUUGCGGUGACGGAGGCUACCCCGCUGUUGUUGACGAGAGCACCUGUCAAUCCAUGGACAACUCCCUGGACCGUUGCCAGAGCAUGAUCCAGUCUUGCUACAACAGCGAGAGCCCCUGGGUUUGCGUCCCCGCCUCUAUCUACUGUAACAACGCCAUGAUCGGCCCUUACCAGCGCACCGGCCAGAAUGUUUAUGAUGUUCGCGGCAAGUGCGAGGACACAAGCAACCUGUGCUACACGGGCAUGGGCUGGGUCAGCGAAUACCUUGGCCAGAAGAGCGUGCGCGAUGCCGUCGGCGCUGAGGUCGAUGGUUAUGACUCUUGCAACUUCGACAUCAACCGUAACUUCCUCUUUAACGGAGAUUGGUUCAAGCCUUACCACCGCCUAGUGCCUGGUCUCCUUGAGCAGAUCCCCGUCCUGAUCUACGCCGGUGAUGCUGACUUCAUCUGCAACUGGCUCGGUAACAAGGCCUGGUCCGAGGCCCUCGAGUGGCCUGGCCAGAAGGAGUUCGCUCCUAAGAAGCUUGAACCCCUCAAGAUUGUCAACAAUGAGCACGUUGACAAGGAGAUUGGUCAGAUCAAGACUCACGGCAACUUCACCUUCAUGCGCAUCUACGGCGCAGGCCACAUGGUUCCUAUGGACCAGCCCGAGGCCGGUCUGGAGUUUUUCAACCGCUGGAUCGGUGGUGAGUGGUACUGA